UUUAUAGAGGCGAAUUUUUGGUGGUCUCUGGUAGCUUUUGUCUGAGUUGUAAAACGACUGUGAGGAAAAGAAGAUUCUAUGAUGCAUGUUUUUGGCGGGAUUUUUCGCGCCAGAAGCAAUGGUUAGAUGAUGAGCCUAAAUGGAUCAACGGUGACAGAUGAGAAUCCUCGUUUCUAUCGACUCUAUAUAUCUCUUCUCUCUCACCUUUAUCUUUUACGUUUCUAUCACUUGUUCUUACACAGGAAAGAAAACUCAGAGACAAAAAGAAAAAUCAAAGAUAGAAAAAUGAUUUCAGAUUGAAAAAAACCCUGACUAACAAGUGAUUCAAAACCCUAUUUCUCUUCUAUAUCCGUAAACCCCUGUUCUCAAAACCCUAUUUUUGUUCUGUGUCUAUAAACCCCUUUUCUCAAACCCUAGUUCUAUUCGUAUCUUCAAAAUCCCUUUUCUUCAUAACCCUAUUUUCGAUUUCAAUUCUCAUCAGAAGUCCUUCAGGUGCAGAUUAAUCUUCAGAAGAGGUGCAGUAAUUUCUCAAAGAUCUUCAGAUAAUAUGGCUAGGGGACCUAGAAGUAGCAGCAUAUCUCGUCGGUCUGGAACUCCUACCACAAAUCAACCUACAUGGACUCCUUUGGUUGAUACACGAAGUUCUCCAUCUACUAACGGUUCAGACAGUCAUGGAAGAAGUCUGAAUUCAAGUGGAGGGUCUGGGUCUCAUCCAUCGUCUCAGCGUGAACAUUCUCCUAGUGGAAGUUUAGAGCCGUGGCAUGAGGCUUUAUGUCAGACAAAUAGUGAUAGUAAACCUGAAAUUAGUGAAGAAAACAUGAUUGGUGAUGAUCAGUGUCUGUCAAUUGAUUUUAAUGACAUAGGCCAACCUAUAGGACCUACCAAAAAGACGUAUGCCACCAAGCUGGGGAAAAUAACCAUAAAUCUCAUCCCACCAUCUAUUAAAAGUUGGAAGCAAGUUCCUCUGCCAUUGAAGGAAGAAAUCUGGAGGAGUCUCUCCAAUGCAUACAUGGUUCCUGAAUAUCUCAAGGCCAAAGCUUUGAAAAUGGCAAAUCUGUUAUGGAAGAAUGCCAAGACUAAACUAAGGGCGAUAUGUGAUGACUGUUCCAGUUUUGCUGAAAUGAGAAAAAGGAUACCCAAAAAUUUGAAAAAAGAGGACUGGGAUGCCUUCGUUGAUAUUGUGAGUAAAGGCGAAGAUAAGGAGGUUAGGGAAAGAAUGAAGAGAGCAAGGUCAAAGCUAAAAGCUGCACACAGUACCAGUAGGCGUGGUAUUGCACAAUGCCGACAUGAAAUAGAACAAGCAAGUCCUACUAGUAAGGUAUUAAGGGUUGACCUGUAUCUGGAUACACAUGUGUACCAAGAAAUGUCUGAAGAGGACCGUCUACAGUUCGAUCCCCUAUCUUAUGAAGUAACAUCAAGAGAUUAUGUUCAAAAGGUGAGGGAGUUGAAUGAAACAGAUGAGUUUAGAGGCGAGACUGAUCUAGAUAAGGAUGCAGUUGCGAAGGUACUUGGCCGUAAUGGAAGGGGUGUUGUUCGAAGCUUUGGAGGUGGGGUCUCAAAGACUGAGUUACGUGCAUCUGCAGUUAGUAGAGAGCUGUUGCGUAAGGAGAAAUUGAAGACUGCUGCUGUAGAAAAUCAUGUCUGUAUUCUUGAGGAGACUGUUGAGGAUCUAAGAGCCUUAAGUGUCAGCCCUGGCACCAACAAUGCUAAUAAUACUCAGCCAAUGAAUGUGGAUGGUCAAAGAGUCCAGUAUGUUGUAUUAAGGAAUAUGCGCAAGGGUGCAGUUGCAUUCGGACGUAUUGAUAGGAGUGCUGAUGAAAAUGAUGAUUUUUAUUUUCUCGUCCUCAUUGAUGAAGUAGUGAUACACACUGAGCCGCUCUGCGUUGGAGAAGGAACUCUUUCUAGUGUGAAACAUGGUGACAAGAUUUUGUGUCCCAAGCACUCUGUUGGACCUUGGCCAGUAGUACUUGAUGCAGAUUUUUGAAGUUGAAGGUUUCUGGUAGUUUAAGUGAAUAUUUUGGAGCUUUU